CGUCUGACUGACUCACCUGUUGGUUACAGUCGGUGACAGUGUGCCAACAGUCAGACAGACAAGUCACAGCAGCAAGCUCCUGUCACAGUGGCGUCAUGAAUACACUCCUACCUCCUAUGUGAACUGUACGGAUAUUUGAGCUUUGGGCGGAUUGUUUAGCAGCCCAUUCACUUCCCUCUCUUGGGCUAACGUUGCCAACGCUACGCUACUAUCACAAGUAACGUUACUGUAGAAGUGAACUUUGAGUAGAUUUAACUAGUUGUUUUUUUCUCGGUCAUUAUGGGGGACUCGGGCGCGACCGGGGCCUUAACUCGCAGGAGAAGGGCAACUUUGGCAGCGGGUAAAGGUGCAGAUCUGCUGCCGAUGAACGGGAGGUCUGCAGCGGUGCGCCAAUCCUCAGUGACCACUGACAUUACCAGAGACAAUGGCCAGGAAAAACGAAAUCGUUCACUGGAAACAGUCCGGUUUAAAUCAAAGACUGAGAAAGAGAAACGCAAGAAUGACAUACGUGAAAGACUGAGCUGUCAUAAGACACAGGAGUCCCUGCUGAGUUCCGCCAGUGGUUACAAUAACUACAGAGGAAUCCUCAACUGGUGUGUGGUCAUGCUGGUGUUGAGUAAUGCUCGCCUCUUCUUAGAAAACCUGUUAAGUUACGGUAUUCUGGUGGACCCUAUUCAGGUGAUUUCCUUGUUUCUGAAUGAUUCCUACAGCUGGCCAGCCUGCCUGGUGAUUGUUUCCAACAUGUUCAUUCUGGUGGCUCUCUACACAGAGAGGCAGCUGUCGAAGGGUUCAUUCACUGAACUUGUGGGAUUUCUGGUCCAUUGCAUUAACUUGGCAAUCAUGCUAACAUUCCCUGCUGCAGUGGUCCUAUUGGUCCCCUCCAUGACCCCAGUUGGCGGUGCGUUUGUUCUUGGUACUUACACCAUCCUCUUCCUAAAGCUUUACUCCUAUAAGGACGUCAACAUGUGGUGCAGAGAGCAGAGCACUGUCAAGGCCAAGACACUGGCCAGGUCGCUGUCUUGUCCCUCAGCACAACACUUAAAUGGAGGCGACCGUAAGGUGUUUUACCCUGGCAACCUCACAAUCAGAGACAUAUACUACUUUGUCUCUGCUCCAACUCUGUGCUACGAGCUCAACUUCCCUCGCUCUCCUAAUAUUCGCAUAGGUUUCCUGCUGAGGCGACUGCUUGAGAUGCUGUUCUUCACCCAGCUGUUAGUUGCUCUCACUCAACAGUGGAUGAUUCCCAUCAUUCAAAGUUCCAUGAAACCACUAGAGGACAUGGAUCUGUCCAGGAUGACUGAGAGACUUCUAAGAUUAGCUGUUCCUAAUCACUUGCUGUGGCUGAUGUUCUUCUACGUGUUCUUCCACUCGUCAAUGAACUUCACAGCUGAGCUGCUGCGCUUUGGGGACAGAGAGUUCUACAAGGACUGGUGGAACUCUGAGACAGUGACAUAUUUCUGGCAGAACUGGAACAUCCCUGUACACAAGUGGUGUCUACGCCACUUUUACAGGCCGCUGCUUAGGAGAGGAUUUAGUAAAAUGGUCAGCCAAUCAGCUGUCUUCUUCUUGUCGGCUUUCUUCCAUGAGUACUUGGUCAGUGUUCCUCUCAGGAUGUUCAGACUUUGGGCCUUCAUGGGCAUGAUGGCACAGCUUCCGUUAGCCUGGUUUGUUGGUCGCUUCCUGCGCGGUAACUACAGCAACGCUGCAGUGUGGAUGUCACUUAUCAUUGGUCAGCCAUUCGCCAUCCUGAUGUACGUCCACGACUACUAUGUACUGCAUUACAGACAGGAGGCUACCUGAUGUGUAUACACACACACACACACACACACACACACACACACACACACACACACACACACACACACACACACACAUAUAUCUACCCUCUUUCUCUGACUUUGUCUCACUCUUUCUAUCUGUCACAAAUACAAAAGCACUACGUGAAUCCAGUGCAGAAAACCGAAAUCAUACUUUACAUGUCAGGAUGAACUGAUCACAUCCCGAUCAUAGCAUGUUUACAUUAGACACCUUGGCCGUUGUAUCUUCCUGCAAUGUAAUGUUUUUGUAAAAAAAAAUUUCUUCAAGCUAGGAAAAGUAAGAAUAGCUAACAGGGAAAAUAUUUAAAGUUGAAAAUGUAGAAAAACGUUAAAUCUUGAAACACUACUGUAACCUAGGAAGGAAGGCUUCGCUUCCGUUUCAAGUGAUUUCGUCAUGCAGCAUUUCACUCAGGUGAUUUUUCGUUUGGGCCCGUUUGGGUACUGUGUGUGGUACUGCAGAAAACCUUUGUUUUACCAGAGAUGUUUGCUCCUCUUCUGCUGUGUGCAUGGGCAGUAUAAUGACUGUGGCUGAAUUGUAUCUAUUGUCCAGUUGACAACAUGAUUCAAGUGCCUUUGUAAAAGUUGUGAUGGAGAUUUAUGUUGCACUGUGUUUCUUUUUUGUAAGCCAAAGGGCCUUUAAUUUGUCUGGUUUGACUAUGAAAUCGAACAUCACUAGGACAAAUGAAUGUAUGCUGGUAGGAUUUUAUUAAUGUAGGAUUUUUUAUUUUUUAUAAUUGUUUUUUAUUUUUUUUACCUAGAGUGACAUUACAAUAACACAGGUCAUUUCCAAUCACGGCAACAUUGUUUGUGUAUUGAUUUUUGUUUUAGAUCAGAACAAACACGUACUAUGCAAAAUCACUGAAUUAGUUUGUUUUUGUCAUGCUCAAAUAAGGUCUUGUUUUUAAGUGUGAUUUUUGUGCCAUUUUUUUUUUUAUCAGACUUGAUUUUUGUUCAUGUGAGUAAAUUUCUGUACAUUCAUUAUACAGUAGCUGACAAAUGAAUGCAAACAUUUAUCCAAUCACAGAUAAUGGACAUACUGUAUAUGCAAGUAACAAUGGUUUUUAUGUGACUGCUAUAGAAGGGUACAAAUCUUACCUGGAAAUAAAGUUCAAUUCAACAUAUUUGUUUUGUGGUCUAGCAAACUGUAACCGUUCCAGUUGAUACUGACUGAACUGAUCAGGUCCAAGGCCUCAAUAGUAAUCUUGUCACUGUGUGGCAAAGUGACGUGAAAGUCACAUGAAUUCUGAUUUGACUGUUCAGACUGAGGUUGCAGUGCAGAAAAUCUGAGCUGUAUCUGAUUUAGGAUCACAUAUGAAUUGAAAAGAUCAGAAUUCAUGUGAUUUGUGCUGUUUACACUGUUUAAAAAAAAAAACAUAUCUGAGUCAAAGCAAGUGAAUGAUUUGGACCACUUUUUGUCUGAAGUGUAAACAUAGCCAAAAUAUGUCUAGUUUUUAUCCACAGGCUUGUAGUUCUGCAUUCUAAACCAUGCAAUGAAUUGGAACUAACUAUAGAGAAAUGUUGCAAGCCCAGUCCAGGCUGCUAACCUUUUUUUUUUCUUUGUGAUCUUUUAUUCUGCUCUAUAUAAAUUUUUUUAUUUUGUAUUAUUUUACUUACUGCAUUUGAUUAGCUGGUUUCUAAAACACUUGUUUAAUCUUAAUCUUUAUGCCAUUACUGUAACUAUAACUACUGUUAUUAAAUACAAGAACCUCUUGCUGGAGGCUCUGAAUGAAACCACGAUA